AUGAAUAAAAGGAUAUUUAUUUUAGUUUGUAUCGUUUUGUAUGCCCUUUUGGCUGUAUCAAUACAUUGCUCGGAACAGAAAACAUAUGGCUUAAGAAGUAGAAUCAUUCGUGCUAUCAAGAAAAUAAACCGAAGUAACAAAAAAAAAGUUAUAGAAUCUCAACGAUAA